AUAAAUAUAUAUAAAAAAUAGGGAAUAUCACAAUUUUAAUUCUAAUAUUAUCACAACUAUUUUAAAGUUUAGUCACAUUUAACACUUUUUAACUUAUAAAAGGAUUAUUUAUACAUUAAUAAAAUGGCUAAUCGUUUUCCAACUAGUAGUAUUUUACACCGCAGCCUACCAAUUUUAGCAGGUGUUCAUACCAAUGUUUCAAUUUCUUGUUUCAAUAAAAAGAAUCUGAUCAAUAGCUACAGAAUAGUGCCACGUAGGCUGGUGUUGGGAAUUGGGGUUUCAUUUUUGGGCCAAUUCAUGAGCAUGGCUGGUAAUUCCAACACGAAUUCUAUUAUUGCUUCAGCCAGAACAAAGUCUUCUGUUGACAAGAUAUUGGAGAAUGUGGAAUGGCCUGAACAAUUUCCUUUCAAGGAUGAAAACUUCCAGCGCUUUGAUGAAUCAUCUGAUUUAGUGUUUUAUGAAUCUCCACGUUUUGUAACCCACAUUGAUGAUCCUGCCAUAGCUGCUCUGACCAACUAUUACAAAGAAGUUUUCCCUCCUAGUAACACUCCAGGUGUAGCUCUUCUCGAUAUGUGUAGCAGCUGGGUAAGUCACUUUCCUGCAGGCUAUAAGCAAGAACGUAUAGCGGGUAUGGGUCUUAACGAAGAAGAGCUUAAGGCAAAUAAAGUCCUCACUGAGUAUGUCGUGCAAGACCUAAACACAAAUCCCAAGCUUCCAUUUGAGGAUAAUUCCUUUGAUGUUAUCACGAAUGUGGUUAGUGUUGACUAUUUGACAAAACCGAUUGAAGUAUUCAAGGAGAUGCAUCGUAUCCUUAAGCCUGGUGGCAAGGCUAUAAUGAGCUUCUCGAAUCGCUGUUUCUUUACAAAGGCAAUAUCAAUAUGGACACAAACUGGCGAUGCUGACCAUAUAAUGAUAGUCGGAGCAUAUUUUCAUUAUGCUGGAGGAUUUGAACCACCCCAGGCUGUGGAUAUAUCUCCAAAUCCUGGCAGAUCUGACCCAAUGUACAUUGUCCACUCAAAAAAACUAGCAACAGCAUGAAAACGACACUUCUAAUUGACAGGUUUAUGCAAUGAUAGGAUCAUUAUGGCACAUACGAGGUUAGAGAACCAUUAUGUAUUUUGUAAUCGUAUUAAUGUAUUUGUUAGAAUAUGAUGCUUAUAUAAAAAAUCAUCAUGUUGAUAGUC